UGGACCUGCAGCGCCAGGGCUUCACCAUCACGGACGUCACGAGAGAAGGGGACAGGGUCGUGAGCUUCGGGUGGUCGAACGGGACUCACUCGGGCUUCGAAUUUCCGAAGAAUCAUCGCCGCCGCCAUUGGGGGAAGGACGGCGCGGCUCGUCCUGGCCAAGUAUAUGGCGCUGAUGGGUGACAGAGAUCCGAGCGGUUUCACUGACUGGUUCUGCGACGGCGUUCUCAUCAAUGAACAGUGGGUGUUAUCGGCCGCCCAUUGCUUCCAACAGCGGAGAGUGUCUGUGGUCCGCCUGGGAGAGCACGACUACAGCGACGACGAGGAGGGCGCCGACCACGAAGAUUUUGGCGUGUCGCAAACCAUCAUUUAUCCUGACUACAAAUUUCCUCAGGCUUAUCACGACCUGGCGCUGGUCAGGCUCGAACGCAGGGCUAGCUUUUCGGUUAACAUCAACCCAGUGUGCCUCCCUUGGGGUAGAGAAGCAGAGAGAGACCUUGUCAACCAGGUCAUAACACUCACGGGUUGGGGCGCGACGGAGCACGGUGGAGCCGGUAGCCCCAUCCUGCAAGAAGUGAACCUGACCGUCUUCCACCACUCCCGCUGCGACGAGAGCUACUCCGCCCUCCCCCAGUACUCCAGGGACUGGCCCAACGGCAUAGGGUCCGAGAGCCUCUGCGCCGGAGACCCAAAAGGAGGCAAAGACGCCUGCCAGGGAGACUCGGGAGGCCCUGUGGUGUACCUGGACGAGGCCAAGCGCUACGUCCUGGCUGGCGUCGUGUCCAGAGGCUACGGCUGCGGCCUGCAGGAGUUCCCGGGCCUCUACGUCGACGUCCGCCUCAGCACCUACCUCUCCUGGAUCAAGAAGUUGGCGUUUGCGUAGGGGGGAGUGGA